ACAUAUGAGAAACGUGUCAUCUCUCUUUCUUUCUCUCUCUCUCUCUCUCUCUCUCUCUCUCUCUCUCUCUCUCUCUCUCUCUCUCUCUCUCUCUCGUAGUUUUGAAAUGUAGUGGGAGAGACAGGACGAGAAUAUGAUAACGACCGCACUCUGACCAUACCUUAUCCUGUCACCGAGAGGAUGUGACAUCGACGCUAACGUCGAUUAUAUAUAUAUACAUACUAUAUAUAGUGCAUUUCUAAAAUUCAUAUAUAGUAAUUAUGAAAUUAUGUUCAAAGUAUUCCAUCUCUUAUGAUUCGAGAAAAAAAACAAACGGAAAUAUGUCACGUCGGAAUAAACCAAUAAAAAUUACUGCUGUGGGAGAUGGAAUGGUUGGAAAGACAUGUAUGCUUAUUACGUAUACAACGAAAAAGUUUCCAACAGAAUAUGUGCCUACCGUCUUCGACAAUUAUGCAGAUAUUAUUCGUUUAGAUAGUCAAGAAUUUGAUAUAACGCUUUGGGAUACAGCUGGUCAAGAAGAUUACGAACGUCUUCGACCAUUGUCGUAUCCGAAUACCGAUUGUUUUUUACUUUGUUUCUCGAUCAGUGCUCGUAGUUCUUAUGAAAAUGUCGCGAGUAAAUGGUAUCCAGAGAUAAAACAUCAUUGCCCUCAUGUGCCGAUAAUUCUUGUCGGUACUAAAAGCGAUCUCAGAAAUCAAGACAAUUUAGAUAUAAUAACUCCUCAGGAAUGUAAAAAAAUGAAAAAUAAAAUCAAAGCUUCGAAAUACGUCGAAUGUUCGGCUGUAAAGCAGGAAGGCUUGGAAAACGUCUUCAUAGAGGCUAUUAGAGCGGUUUUGAAAAAACCGCCAUCUAGGAAACUCUGUUAUAUAUUUUAAUAAAAAAAAAAAAAAAAAA